AUGGCGCGUCGUCUAUUGGGCAUGCCCCGCCUGGGAAACAUGAUUUCUUCUUUACUUGAUGACUCGAAGCUGACCAAAGUGCACCCCAUUCUGCAAGGCCUUUCGAGCAGGACAGAACCCAGGACGCUAACUGUCGCAGAAAUCAUUGCAGAUGCUCAGCAUGCAGCAGACCUCCUCGGCUUCUCUGCCACCAAUUGCAUGAACAAUGGUUACACUCCGGAAUCUCAGGCUCUGAGGCUCGCUGCCGGGGCUGCUCUGGAGGAUUUGGUAGAUGUGGGCCUGGGUGAGCUGAAGGAUGGGCCGGGAGCCGAAGUUCCAAAGGGAGCUGUGGCUGAACGAAUUAUUGAAGCCAUGGACCAACUCAUCAUCCGCCUUUUGGAGCACUCGCCCUCCCCAGACCCGGCGAGGGCGUGGCAGUGUGCCCAGCGUGGUGUCCUGCUGGCUCGCCAGAGCAAUCUUCUCCAAGCAGCACGCCGAUUUUCAGCCGCCUCCGAACAGAUCCUCUCGCAGUAUCCCUCGGUCGCUACAACUGCAACGAGCCACGUGCCGGGCAAGAGAAGACGCCUUUCAAAGCAGUGGCUCGAGCCGUGCACGGAGACCGACGGCAGACUUGAGACGACGGAGCAGAUCUCCGACGUUGAUUUGACUUUCAAGGUUGUGGAUCGGUUGAGCUUCCUGUCCGAGGAUGCUUUUAGGAAAUAUUCCAUCUUGCAGCAGCCAGUGGUGGCGACAUGCGCGGCAGAUACACUCCCUGCCCUCCAUCUGCAGCAGCUGGUGGAGAUGUGUGAAGAGCGUCAGUUGCAGCUGAUGCAGUACGACCCAGCAUGUGAAGCAUGGGCCAAGAUGACACAAGUGGAAAACGAUGGACGAAGUGCAGGCAGGGGAACUCAAAGCUUAAGAGCAGUCGUGCAAGGCUGGGCAGCGGGCAAGCAGCAGGUUCUUUUUGACCAUCCACUCGAAACUGCCUGCCCGGAGUUGGCAUCAAGGAUACGCUGGCCAACUUUCCUUGAGUCUUGCGACCUGAUCGGGAAGUCCCCCUUCGCAGGCAUGCAGGGUCAGGACCCUUUCUGGGAUCACCCAAGCUUGUUCGUCCAGCCCAGGGGUUCCCAGUGCGGGGCACAUGUGGACGGUGCCGAAAGCCAGUUCAUCCAGCUUGUGCUCAUGGGGCGGAAGCGCUGGUCGUUCUGGCCGCUGCGACCCAGUGAUCAGUUCAAAAUAUUAAAGCGGCAGGACAAGCUGCGAUUGGAAGUGUGGUCACGCUCAGAGCAAUUUCGGCAUCAGAUCCGCCAUGAUCAGAUCUUUCCGGAACAAAUGCCUGAUGUCUGGCGCGUAGAUGUGGAGGUGCAGGCGGGCGAGAUGAUCGUUGUUCCGGGCGGUGUGCCUCACAUGGUUACAAACCUGCAGGAUUGCAUCGCUGUGUCGCGGAACUUCGUGGAUGCCCACCACGCACGCAAGUGUGCCGAUGCCUUGCGAUGGCCACUGCCAUAUCAUGACCUUGCCGACUUCUUGGAGCAACAGAAUGUAGCUAAGCUCGAAAACAUGUCGAUUCGACAGCCAACAAUGUACUAA